GUUUGGUUAGUGACCAAUGACGUAAAAUAAUUCAGAUUUUCCCCCCCUUUUGCGACCAAUUAAUUCUACUUAAACAGCUUCUGUAGGAUAAUUAGUCGAGACUCACUAAAUGAAAGAGCCUUGUCAAUGACUUCAAUCUAAAAAGUUUUUUUAAGAUUGGUGACAUUGAGGAAAUCUCUUGUUCAAGAGCAUAAACUCGUACUGCGGUUAAUUGUGACACAUUUCGAAUUGAAUUCGCACUUUGGAAGUCAAAUCAAUCCUCAGCGAUGGCAUUUCGAAUGAUAUGGAUGACUUUGGUCUUCUGGUCAUGCGGCGACAUUCUACUUUCAGAAGGUUCUGCAGCUAAUCAGACAAAUUCAACUCAAAAUUAUACCUUGGUGGCAUCCUCUACCCCUCAGACUAUCAGCCCAACCACAACAUCCAGUCAAGACAGUCUUCUCACUACAUCAAUUGUUUCUAAGAGCAGCUCUCCAUUUGCCAGUAGUACCUUCAAUUCCUCGCUUGCUGCCAAUUCAACUGUGUCCCCUAUAGAGCCAAGCUCAACUAUUGUUCAAGCCUCUUCAUCGCUCUCUGGCGACACGCUCCAGAUAAGUGCGGGCCAAGGGUCUUCUAGUGGAGGACAAACAAGAUACGUGAUUUUGCCUCCACAAAAUGAACGUCGCGACUUUACCCUGGUUGCCAAUACAAAACUGCACUGGGUUCGAUAUCUGCAAGAUAAAAGCGGUCCAGAGUUUAGUGUCUUGAAGCAGCACGUUGAAGACCACCUGAACGAUAUGUAUAAGGAUGUGUCAGGUUUUAUCAAGAGUGAAGUAGAGGAAUUUGUCGAAGAAAAAGUCACAUUUGAGGCGAUAAUUUACACAAAAAGUACAGAACAAGUCUCCAAGAGUGAUUUGCAGGCUCCUUUGAAUAAAGUCAUGGCCUCAGAAGAUUCCAACCAGCUGAAAAUUUUUGCAUUCGAAAUUACUCCACGCUUCAACGAAAUGCCUAGUGGAGGAAAUUUGGCUCCAUCGCUUUCGCUCCCAAAAGCAGAAAAAGUUGAAACAGUCGAUGGCAUUAUGGACUUUCUGCGAGGAUUUGGUGGUAUGCUGGCACUCAUCUUUGUAUUUGCCACCAUUGGGUUCAUCAAGUACAGGGCCUGCAACUACAAGAAAAAGCAAAACAGCGACCAAAAAGUGAGUCUGCAGGAGGCUUAUGACAAUGAAAUUACUGAAUAAAAUCAGGUCCUCUCGACUAAUUCAUGCUGCCUUUGAUAAUCCUUUUCGCAGCAUCUUCAUGGUUUUUUAUCGAUUUUAGGCCCUGUCGCAUUAAUGCAUUUUCGAAACGCUCGUUUUUCGUCUCACCUAGAAAGAACUUUAAUCUUUUCGUCUGCACACUAGCGUUUUCACAGCCUUUUCCCCCAUCCACACUAAGACGAGCAAAAUCGUAAAUAAGAACGGGAAAAAAUGGAAUAUCGUCAUCUGCUCAUGCGCAAAUACAGACGUGCCAGUGGGAAUCCUCCAUUUUCAAUGUCCACAUUAAGGUGGCUGACUACUUAAGAACGUUGGAUUCGAGCCCACGAUGUUAGCAUUUUUGAAAUCAGCAUUAAAUUUCAGGUUAAAGAAGUUUCAAUUUUCAAUUUUCUGUU